AUGGCCGCCACCUCGCUUGCCGAUAGCACAGCCGCCUUCGAGAAGCAGGCGAGCAACCUUGGUUUGGAAGAUGAAUGGAUUCAGGGGCUCAAACGCUUGGGCAUCAAGAAUUUAGGAGGCCUUGCCUUUGCGUGCGGCCAACCAGGAAGCCCAGUGCCUGAAGCUGAUGUCAGGGCCUUGCUGGACCAGGCGGUCAGUGGCAAAGCCAUCACGGUAGGCGGCGUUGUGGUGAUGAAGAGGUUGAUUUUUGAAGCCCAGACGUCGAUGGUGGCGUUGUCCAGGGCGCAUGCAGACCCUGCAGCUGAUCCGAGCGGUCGCAAGAUGCCGACAGCAGAGCGGGCGACAAGAUUGGCUGCCCAGAAGUUGCGGCUGACAGGCUUGGACCUCCAAGGCACUCUCGAAGUUGCUCACUCGGUUUAUGACGUGAUCAACGGGAUGGUGGAGGCCGACACUUUGAAAUACCUGUCUCCGGCCAAAUGCAUUACCAGGAUGCAGGAGAUCACUUCUGCAAAGCCCCCCAAAGAAUUGAAGCUAGACUCAAGUGGAAGCGGCAUCCUGGUCAAAGACGCGCAGAGUGAGCAGACCUGCUCUGUGAGCGGUGAGCUGGACAUCAUGGAGGCGAUGACCAGGAGAUCCCUGGCAUUUGAUGCAGUGGGGGUUGCGGACUUCGAGACCUUCCAGAAGUGGAUCCAGUGCCUCUUUCAGAUGAUGAGGCAACCAGCCCCACCAGGGUUCCGGGCGCCGUCAGUGACUCAGUUGCUCCGUGCGGACCGGCAGGCUUUUGUGAAAAUGCAAGAGCUCACUCGUGAUGGGAUCAAGCCCAAGGGAGACGGGACACGCCCCCUCGACAAAAUCUUGGAGGACAUGCACAAGGACCACUCCGUAGUGUACUACAUGUUGCCUACGGUGGAAUCUCAGAAAGCCGCUCCGAAAGCUAAGCCGGACAAGCCCGAGAAGCAAAACUGGGGCGCUCCUUGGAAAGGCAACGAGUCGAGCUCAUGGCGCAGCCCAAAACAAGGGCAAUGGAAGCAAAAGAAGGGGGCCACAGGCCAGAAUGGUGGCAAGCUCCCGAUGCAGCUGAAGGGUUGCGCAAGCACCACACCAGACGGAAGUCGCAUUUGUUUUGGGUUCCACAUAGACGGCUGCAGCAAGGCUGACGGGACGGCCCCGUCGCAAUCUGGAAUUCAAUGCAAGCCCAGUGGCGCUGUCGAAGAACAACCGCCGCGCGUUGGUGGCAACGACCUCAAAGCAUCCUUUGACGAGAACGAGGUAGUCGCCGCCGCAACAGAAAUACAGCAGCAAACCUCAAGAGGACUUUUGGCCACCGCUGGAGAAGCAACAGAAACGGCCUCCCCGUUCGCAGUGGAGUUUUGUUCUGGGACGGGCGGCUUGACAGCUCAGCUCAAGAAGGCUGGACUGGCAGGAUCAUUUGGCGUCGACCACAUAGUGAAGGCUGGCAACAAGGCACCCAUUGUAAAGGUAGAUAUCGCGACCCCAGAUGGAGAAGAACUUGCCAGAUCCUACAUCAAUAGCCCCCUGUGCGCCUAUGCACAUUUCGGGCUCCCAUGUGGGACUUCGAGCCGAGCCAGAGAAAUUGCACUGCCCAACAUGCCAAGGGCACCAGCGCCACUUAGAAAUGCAGAGCACCCAGACGGUAUACCCGACCUUCCAGCAAAAGAUGCAGAACGGGUAGCUGCAGCAAACAGAGUCUACGCAGCAGGUUGCCGCCUCAUCGUGCUCUGCAUCUUGCGUGGAGGCUUUGCCACAGCAACCGAGGUGGAGUACCCCCUGGAGCUGUGCAAACAAUGGGCCGCAAUCAUUGCGCGUGUUGUUGAGCGCACCUACAAGGGAGCCUUGGAACCGCUGCCAAGCCACCCGGACAAGAAAGCCAGAGCACACAGCAUGAAGCAGACCAGGAAGUCCCUUGCCUUCAUGCCCGAAUGGAGCCAUGUGGAGACUCAAAACGUGCCAACUAUGCCGCCAUUUACGGUGGGCACCAAGCUUCCAGAAGCUUUCCAGCAAAACUCCAUUUGCAUUCCACAACACGCGCGCAUUUUGCGCAUCACAGCGGCCCCUCACCAUGAGCAAGAUGGGGGGGAGAACGCUCAUAGUGGAGUUCAGGUGGCUUUUGGCGUCCCCUGGAGUGAAGAGGGCUUCAUAGAGGAGGCGUUAAAGAGAGGCCACCCCGCCAAUUUGGUGGAUGGCAUUCCCAAAAGCCUGAGGUCAUCCAUUAGGAACAAUGCCACUGCCGACUUCGAAGCCUUAGUCUUGAGGAUUGUCCAGGACAUGAGAGAUGGCUUCAGCUUGGUGGGGACCGCAGAGGGUGGAGGCAUUUUGCCCGCUGAGUUUCAGCCUGCCACUUUGACCAUCAAUGACCUGAGCAUGCACUCAGGGCGCAGCAAUCGGGCAGUUUUCCACUCCACCAAGUCAAGCGGCAAUGAAGUAGUUGACGCUGAGUUGUGGCGCAAGACCCAAGCUGAAGUUGAGAAGGGUUGGCUUGCCGAGCUCCCUGGCCUGCCCAAAGAUGAUGGCCGAGUGUCUAGGCGCUUCGCUGUGGUUCAAGCAGAGGACAAGGUGAGGCCCAUAGACAACUACACUGAGUCACAGAUCAACGACGCGGUCAACAUCACUGGACGCUGCACUGUUGAUGGAGUGGAUACCAUCAGCGCUAUGGGAGCUGAGUUGAUGAGAGCCCUAGGGAUGGGGCGCCUUCCCAAGAAGCUGAAAGGGAGGAGCUUCGACCUCAAGAGCGCUUAUCGUCAACUUGCAGUAAAAGAUGAUUCUUUGAAAUGGGCGCGCCUCGCAGUAUUUUGCCCUGAAGAUCGCAGCACACGCUGUUUCCAACAGUUUUCGUUGCCUUUUGGUGCAAAGGCUAGUGUGGUGGCCUUCCUUCGUUGUGCUAGAAUGAUCCAGUGGCUGGCCCACCAUUUGGACAUCCCGGUCACCUGCUACUUUGAUGACUAUGUGUGCAUGGCCCCCGAAGCAGUGGCCUCCAAUACGGAGAAGGCCUUCGAACUUUUGUUGGACCUCCUUGGUUGGGAAUUUGAUCGCAGCGGCGAAAAAGCUGACAGCAUGAGCGAGCAGGUCUCCGCGCUCGGGGUCGUGUUCGAUCUGAGUCAGAGCGCCGAUGGGGUCAUCCUUGUGGCCAACACUGAAAAGAGGAAGGUGGACAUAGCGGGGCAGAUAGCGGAGAUCCUCCAAGCCGGACGGAUGACCUCUUCAAAAGCGGCAUCUCUCAAAGGGAGACUUGGUUUCGCAGAAGGUCAAUUGUUUGGUAGAGCGAUCAGAAGGUUGAUCAACGAGCUUGGGCACCACGCCAUGCAUACCCCAACCAGGGGCACCUUGGGAGAUGGUACCAGAAGAGCCUUGGAGAUGGUGGCCGACAGGGUAGUCAAAGCUGGACCGCGCAGAGUCGAAGAGCAAGCGAUUGGAGAAUUAGAAGCUCUAGCCGUGCUGGUGGCUUAUCGCCUGUGGGGACUUCACCUCAAGUCAAAGCACCUGGUAUGUUUCUUGGAUAACGAAGGGUCUAGGUUUUUGAUUUUGAAAGGAUACUCCUCCAACAAAGUGUUGGAAAGCAUAGUGCAUGAGAUUGCGCUGUGUGAAGAAGAGCUUAGUUCGUUGGCGUGGUACGCAAGAGUGCCCACGGAAGCCAACGUGGCAGACCACCCUUCACGGUUACGAGAACAUGCCAUGUUGCAGCCACAGUUAGAAUCCAAGGUGAAAAAUCUAGCUGGCAUUUUGGAACGUGCCAGAUCCAGAGGGUGGGAAGCGCUUUUGCGUUCUCUGGCUGCUCUGGCCCACCCACCACCCAUGGAUCCAGCAGAUCACCAACUCGUAGCCCAACUUCAGACCCUGCAACGAGUUGUGGCAUUCCAGCAACUUGUUCGAGCAGCACUUAUCCAUACCGACGACGUCGGCGACUCCCUGGAGACCCACAGCUUCACCAAUCGCAAUUGGGAGAAUCGAGUUGAACAAGCCCGACUGACCUUUAGG